AUGAUUAUGAGAGAUCUGGUGGUGCUUACAGCAUUGAAGGAGUGGCCAAACUUUGACAAGAUCAGAGAUGCAAUGGAUGCCGAUGUUGCAGACAAUCUGUGGUACCAGAUUGGAAGGCCUGUCAAUAAGGGUAAAGGGAAUGCAGUUCCAUUAGACCCACUUCAGAUAACCCGGAAGUUGAAGGCUGCAGAAGCAUACAAGACCUGGAAGCAGCAGGCAGCCACUAGAAGUAUGACACCCACCACUGGCAAGACAACUACCUUGGCCACUCCAAGCUCCUGCAGGCAAAUUUUUGAUGGAGUGGUCAUCAUCACUCCAUCCUGGCAGCAGUCAGGUCAGCAGACAUCAAGCCUGGCAUCCCAGGGGGUGGCAACAUCCCAAAGCUGUCUCACUACCCCAUCCCACCCAGUGACCCCCAAUGCCACCCCCAUGGAGUGUAUGGAAGAGGAGAUCACAGCAUUGUGGCAGCAGCAUAUGGAGACAGCACAAGAUCUCUUAGAUACCUGCCAUGAGCUUGCUGAUACCCAGCAGGCCCUUGCAGAUACCCAGACCAAGUUGCAGACACUCUGCGAUCUUGUCAAGGCCUUAUGCCAGCACCUGUACCCAUUGCCACACUCCUCACCUGAUGCACCUGGACCCUCCUGCCCCUCCCCCAUCGGCUUUGCAAUUACAAGUCAUCAAGCAGUUGUUCCCACUGAUGGUGCAAGGAUACUUGACCUUGCACCCACUAUGAUGGUCCAGGAGGUUGCAAUUGAUACCAGCAUUCUCCAGAACCUCCCAGGUGAUAUGCUUUUAGCCCCUUCUACUUUCCUGAUGCCCCCCCACCGUUUUGCAUACUCAUCCACCCCUGGUGUAGGAGAAGCCCAGCCCCCUAUCUAUGUCUCUUUGGGGGCAGUUGCUGACCAUGCCAGUGGGGACAAUGCCAAUGAUGAGGAUGCCACUAAUUGGAUGGACACAGAUUAA